GUUCACCGGUGCGCACUGAGAGAGUGCGUGGGUAUCUGUGUGUCUUUUGUACUUAUAGCCAAAGUUGGUCUGGUUAUAUGGGGAGGCUUGAAGAGCGCUAGACAUUGACCUAGACGCGCCAUACAGGCAGGCAGACAGUGAAAGGAGAAAUCAGUCGCUUUGAGAUUCGGAGUGGUCAGAGUUGCGUCGAAGUGCGGCAGAGGGAUAUGGAUUGUGCGUCGGAUGCCAUCGGACAUUAGUGCGCAUCUCUAUCAAGAGGAAGACUGUGAAGCUGUUGAUGCUGGUUGAAUAGGUGACUUGCUCGGAAGGAAACAAAUUCUGGAAAAGAAGAAGCGCUGAUGAGGACAGAAAACAACGUUUAUCUCGCUAAGUAAAGAAUAUACAAGAUAGGAAUAAAUUGGAUAGAUUGGGGACUUCAAAUUACUUGUUAGUUGUCACUUAAAUGGAGAAAAUGAUUCAAGUCGGAGGGAGAUGUCUGACAAUAUUGAUGAUCUUUUUAGUACUUUUUGUUGGCUUGGUGAUGGGCUUUCCCACCAAACAGCACAAUAAACUGCAUAACAGCGUGUCUUUGGAGGUAAGCAACUUUUUUCUUGAUUAUUUUACAAUAUAAUAUAUAUAAUAUAUUAUAAUAUAAUAAUUCUACAAGAUUUUACCAAUUCCGUCCGUUGCGUUCCAAAUAUAACAAUAUUUAAAUAUGAUACAAGUUGUAUUUAAAUUAAUUGAGCAUAUGUACAUUAUUUAAUAUAUAAUUAUUACAAUAUUUUAAUAUCUUACAAAAACAUGUUUACAUGUAAAUUACUGUAUGAGUUCUCUUGAUGCCAUCAUGCCAAUUAUUUCUACAAAUCAAAUUAAAUGUGAUAACUUAAUUAGUUUCCAGAAAAUAACUACUGCUCUCCUGCCAAAAACAUUCUGCAUUAUCAUUCAUAUCAUUCAAAACUUGAUAGCAAACCCCAAUCAAGGCAUCUCAUACAGACUCACAAUGCUGUGCACCCACAGCAGACUGUCAUUGCCCGUUCCCUGUCCAUGAACCAAAGGAAACUUGUAUCAAUAAAUCUCUAGGGGUUUGGGGUAAAGUGUUAUUCUGUGUUUCUUCAUGUAUAGUAAAUUAUCUGGGCAUCCAGAGAAGGUCAGCCUGAGCUAAGCAGCAUAGCAUUACACAGCAGCUACAAUACAUUCACAGGCUGUAUCCCCUUUCUGUAACCGGAUCCAAUGGGGGUAUUUGUGCGGCUCAUGUACAUGUGCGUGUGUAUAGGGGGCUUGAGGGUCACCAUGAACAGAAUCAGAUGUAAGAAUGAAAGAAAGUUGCAAACAGACAGAUUCCAGAUCUGUGUUAUGAAGUCGUUCCUUUGUACUUUAUCUCCCCUGGGUCUCCUCCAAUGGAUGCCCUAUUGAUGUCCUGAUGCCCAUAGCCUAUAACUGAUGGUUGAUUUAUGUCAGUUGGACGUAAAACAGCUAGGGAGAGAGAAUCUGAGAGGGAGGGAGUGAGAGACAGAGAAGGAGACAAAGAGAGAGGGAGUGUGACUGGCGGUGCUGAAUGUGCGUUUUGGGUACCAGCGAGUGUGACCCUGUGCCACCAUGGUGACUGUGCACCUUUCUUGGUGACCUGUUAGAUGCCAGUGCAACCAGAUAAAAGGAACCAUCAGCAGCUCUCUCUCACACUGGAAUAAGGUCAGAGGUCAGGCUGGUUGAUUGUUUACUUUGGCUCUUUACUGAGUUAAUGUGGAAUUUCCUGUUUUUGGUUUCCCCCUUAUCAUGGGGGGUGGAGGAGGGGUGUGAAGUGUGCGUGGCCUCAUUCCCAAAUAUUGAGACCUAUUUGCUCUAUUUAUCUGUUCAGUUUUCUCCCCCAUCCUCUCCUUUCCUCUCUCCCUCUUUCAAGUGCUUGCACUUGUUUUUUAUUUUCUAUUUUCCACAUUUUCCAAGAGGCGAUCAAAGGGCCCCAUAGUUUAUUGUUCUUCUGUAAUGGUUUGAAAAUGGCCAAGUGCAGAGGCCUUUGAUAUCUGUGGACACAUAAAUCAGCACUGCCUGCCACACCACCCGCCCUCCUCCCUGCCCUGCCUGUGUUCCUGUCCUCUGCUUCAUCAUCCAUACAGUACUGUACAUCCACCUCCCCUCAUUUCCUCUUCUGUCCCUGCUGAAUGUGUGCCACCACCGACUGCCAGGCCGGCCAGGCUAAAUGGCUCCAGUGUCCCCCAGCCACCCCCUACAAAGGACACAAAGUUUUGUUUCAUGAUGGAAGAGGAAUUGAAUGUUAAUGCUUUUGUUGUGUGUCGGAAAGGCCAGGACUCCCACUGCUGUACAUCCAUAGUGGCUCGUAAAGACAGACCACAUACCAUCAACCAAAAAGCCUUUGAUCAUCAGGGGAGCCCCUCUCCAGAGACAGAGAAGGAGAGAGUAGGAUCAGAGAGAAAGAGGAGGAGGGAGAGAGGAGGAGGAGACUGAAUACAGAAUCCAGAUGUGUAAAAAAGACAAGAUGAGGAAGGUGUGAAAAUAUGUGGCCCUUCAUGACUCCAAUCUUAAAGUCUUGUCGGUGUGUGUGUGUGUUUGUGUGUGUGUGUGUCAGGAGUAUCUUAUACGAGCUCCUUUUCCUAGAUCUAACUUCUGACAAUACUUCUCUAGUCAGACCAUGAUACAAGUGGUAGAAACCAUGUAAUGAAGAUCUUUUAAUGCUAAGCCUCAGAGGGACCUGACUAGGCCCAAGGGGAAGCCUUCACAAUCCCCCUCUGACUCUCUCCUCCUCAGUAUCCUCUAUUUACUCUUUAUCAUUCCUCUUUCUCUCUCCCCGUCUUCCUGUCUCGUCCUCAUGCUGUUUGACAGGGGUUGCCUCUAAAUGGUGACCAUAUGUUCUCAUGGUUGGAUCUGAUGGACUUUUUUAUGGGACAAUUGCAGCCACUGAAAAAGUAUGGUCUGUUUUCGGCCCCAUAACCACAAUUGCUCAACCGUUUUGUCACCGCUCCAGACUUUUUUCCCCCUCAUUGUUUUAAAUGGCACCACAUUUUCGACCGCAAACUGGCACGGCUCCAGUCACUGAGGCCCCAUCAGAUGUUUGGGCUAUUUAUUUAUAGAUGCUGGCUGAAUUAAAAGCUUAGAGUAGUAGAAGUUACUCUUAGGCACUGAUCUAGGAUCAGCUCACCCUCCCUAAAUUCUAACUUUAACUAUUAGAGUGGAGAAUAGGCAAACUGAUCUUAGAUCAGAAUUAGGGGCAACUUCAUCCUCCUCCCUAGUUAAAAGAAGGAUGAGCUUCGAUUUAGAAAAAGACAUUGACAGGUGUCUGAUGGUUGGAAUCUGACUGAGGAUGACCCCUACAGCUUGUGUCUGUGUAUAGCGGGUAGCUGUGUGGUGGCACGGCACAGCACGGCACGGCACGGCAGGUUGAGACACACAUAGGGUCAGGGCCAGCCUGCCCACCGUCCCAGGGGUCCCACGACUCUGAGGCCCUCUCAUUAAAACUAGAGUAUCUGGCACAGUCUCCUCUUUGUCAAAGGCCUGGAUGCCAGGGCUUUGGCUGCUGUGAGAAAAAAAGAGUAAUGGAUGGACUAGGGUUGGUUGGUUGGUUUGUUGCCCUUAUGGUUUUCAGGAGAACUGUCUAACAACAGUGGAAAAUGGUAGUAGCAUGGUGUAAAUGUUAUAGGGGGUUGACAAUGCAAAUCUCAAUGUUUUUUUAAGCUUUCACAUAACAACCUGCUAAAUUAAACUAGCAAGUUAACCUAUGUGGCUUUGAACCAGCCAGUAGCAAAUGUACUUACUGUGUGUUAUUCAUGUCAUCCAAGUCUUCAGAAUGGUCCAGUCCACUGUGUUUCAUCAUGAUGUUUAAUUGAGGUCUCCUAUCUUUUUACUCAGGCUCGUGCUCAGCCGCCCCCAAGUGGGGUCCAUCGUGGACCGGAGGCCCUGGAGCAGCAGAACCAGGUCCAGAGCCUCCUCCCCCCUGACACCGAGCACCGCCACAAGAGGAGGUGGUCCCACUCUCAGCAUCGCUCCGUAGGGGUUCUGCCCCAGCCUGAGCCGGAGGAGGAGAUGAAACCCUUCGUUCUGGACCUCAAUAACUUUCCUGAACUCGCCAACGCAGACAUCAGCUCUCAGAACCCCAACAUCCAGGUGAGUGGUGAUGAUUAUUGUUUGGAUAUUUGAAAAAAACUCUCACUCUCAAAGAGAUUUUUCACUCUUUACAUUGUAGGGCGGGAAACUCAUCUUAUACCAAUGUGUAGCGGCGUGCCCAUUUGGUAAGGCAAUGAUGAGGGUAGAGAUCUGUUACCUGAAUUCAUUUCUAUGGUGUUGAUGUUCUCUGUGGCAUGAUGAGUGGAAUAUUCCAGAGAAUUUCAGCAGAAGGACAAGUCAGCUUCAUAUCACAUAAAUCUACCGCUAGUUGGUUACAUCUUCUGGUCGAUUCCAGGAUAUGGUUAGCUGGAGCUGCAUGUAAUGACCCCAGGCUGGCUCUGCCCUCUUAUGGUGAUGGAAGUCCCACACCCUGUUGCCUGGUCCUGACAUCCACUACUAUGGAGACUGUGUCCCAAAUGGCAGCCUAUUCCCUGGGGCUCAAAAGUAGUGACCAAGGCUCAAAAGGAGUGCACCAUAUAGGGAAUAGGCUGCCAAUUGGGACAGAGUCCCUGGAGCUUUAACGUACAGGAUGAGUCAUACGGUAAUCACCUACCAGUCUAAUGAGAUGUAAAAAAGCAUAAUAAAUGCUCAGGAACUAGGAUAAUCUGAUUUAGUGCUCAAUGCUCAAUGUGUAUCUUGUUUCUGGCUGGCCAAGUCAGAGCUAGAAAUUAGGCAGGUCAAUUUCCUUGGUACUUCCGGAGGUUGGGAUUAUUUCCGAUGAUUUUGCUCAGUCAUAUCUUGCUUCCGUUGUGGCUUUCGAAUACAUCCACUUUAUAUAAUUUAAAGAGCCUGUCUUUUUUUACAUUAAAGUACAACUUUGUACAGACUUUGUCGGCAUGAAUACACCAGAGUAUGUAGAGGUUGCUAUUCAUAGCUAGUUUAGCAUGCACAGAUCUUUGAUACCAAGCUUGUACAUUAUGUAAUAACAUUUACUAUCACCCUCUCUCCUCUCCCCCUGUCCCAGGUGACCAUUGAGGUGGUGGAUGACCCUAACAUAGAAGUGGAGAUGGAUCUGGUCAAGGACUGGAUCCCUCCUUCCUCUCCGUCCACUGUAGACUGGCUGGGGGGUAAGAAGCUGUUCUGGCCCCUGUUCUGGGGCUACACAGACGCUGACUCCAGUGAGGAUGGGACAGGCCGCUCAGGGUUGGAGGAGACUGGAGAGGAGGAGGAGGAGGAGGAGGAGGAAGAUUACGCGUUGGAGUACGGUAGUGAGGAGCCCCUCCCAAGCGGAGUGGGGGGAGACUGGGACAGUCGCUGGAACGAGGGUUGGGACGCCACUCAUAGCUACUAUGGUGAGGCUUCUUGUCUUCGCUAAGGCUGGGUUUACACAGGCAGCCCAAUUCUGAUAUUUUGCCAAUAAUAGGUUUUUUGACCAAUCAGAUAAGAUCUUUUGCCAAUAAUUGGGCAAAAGAUCAGAAUUGGGCUGCCUGUGUAAAUGCCUAAGUGGCACAGUGUCUGUCUAGCUGUCACACCAGCCAUCUUAGUUAACACCUAACCUGGGAUCACUUUGACUACUGUAGAGUCAACAUGUCUCUACAUAAUAAUAAUAAUAUAAUAAUAUGCCAUUUAGCAGACGCUUUUAUCCAAAGCGACUUACAGUCAUGCGUGCAUACAUUUAUUUUGUGUAUGGGUGGUCCCGGGGAUCGAACCCACUACCUUGGCGUUAUAAGCACCGUGCUCUACCAGCUGAGCUACAGAGGACCACUACAUGCCAGUACGCAAUAAUUUUGGCUUCCAGGCAACGGUUCUGUGCCAAAGUCUUUCCAAAAAUCAUUCUAAUUGGAAAACUUUUAAUCUUUGAUCCCCUGGUCUUUGGCAUGCCUGUCUGAGAGUAGUUGAAAGUGAUAAAAUGGCAUCCAAAAGUUGAGGAUGCCAGCUAAUGUUUUGAAAUGGUGGGAGAUAAAGAGAUUUAUAGGAAGUGACUAUAGAAAAGUGGUACGAUAUAGACGGAUAGAGAGAGAGAGAUGCAGCACAGAAUUGCGAGAAAGAUAGAGAGACAGAAGUAUUGACUGAGCAUGCGAGCAAGAGACCUCUCCGCUCCACGAGCACUCGACCGUCAGGCCCAUUGUGGAGCCCAAGCCUUUGAAGUGGACACUGGGUCCCAGCCCGCAGCUCACUGUGGAGGCCUGCUGUCUUUUGAAGAUGGGCCCGAUGCACUCGCUAAUGGCAGCGUGAGCCUGUUCCCCCGGACAGACAAAACAGCCCACUGCUUGUGAACAAUUAGAGGGCAGAUUGGGAAGAGGGGAUGACAGGGGCCAUUCGGCUGGGUCUUUCAUCCCCCCUCCGGGACCCCAGGACCCCAGACCCUGGCUCGGCCCUCUGCCCUGGGCGGCAAGGCCUUUUGAGCCAGUUCAAGAAUUCGGAGGCUUUCAGGGCUGUGCAUAACAUUUACUCCUCUAUUGUUUUUUGUUUCUCUUAAUUCUCCUCAGUCCAUCUUCUCCCUCUGCAUGGUGGGAAAAGAGCAGCAUGCCUUCUGGCUGCACAGGCAGGCAGCUUUAUUCAGCCCCGCAGAGCAGAGCAGACCCAAUGAAAAGAGAAGGGAAGAGUAUGGAUGUGGAAACUUGUGGAAACUUUAAUUUAAAGGAAUGGAAGAGACAGUGGGCUGGGAGAAUCCGGCCUAAGAGAGUAGACAGAGGAGUUACAACUUCAUAGUUUGAUGAAUGUUUACAUUGAUAGUACACAGGCAGAGGAUCUCCCUGUUUAAUUCUAAGUCACAAAUUUUUGUCAGUGUGCACUUUGCCUCUACCCUUCAGAUCAGACAAAGGGAUUGAUUUCAGACAAAGAGACUGAUUGUUAACUCUGGCAAUUGCUCUUAACCUCAAAUCUCAAAGAACCAAAACACAGUACCUUCCUAUAACAAGAGUAUAGAAUGUAUAUGAGCAUGUGCAUCUUGCUUGAACAUUGCUAAAUGAGGUGUAUGUGGGUUAGGAACAAGGCAACCAUGUCUAUUAAGUGGUCAGAUAUAAAAUAUCUAAAAACUUGUAGUGAACAUGAAGUAUGUAUGCCAGACUAGCGUAAUGUAUGAUUGGGGCUUCCCUCCUGUAAUUAAAACGCUCCUGGACUGAGAAGAGUCUAUUCCUGUGUUCUGGCCACAUGGUGAGCUGGCAGCGCCACAAAGGCCCAAGCUGCACCGUCAACAAAGCUGCCAUUUCUGCGCCCACCUCGUCUUGUCUGUAAUCGAGGGCGGACAUGUUUUCGGUAUCAUUAACACCAGACUCAAACCUUUCAGAAGCAGAUAGAGAUCUUCAGCCCCAGCGCGGAGACUUGUCUCUAAUUUGGCAGAGCCUACAUUACAGGACUAUGGGCCUGGGAGAAGGUUAGACCAGAGGAAAAUUAUACUGUUGCCUGAGAUGGAAAACCUAUAUACAGGCCUUGUUAUGGUUUAGCUAUAAUAGUAAAUACUAACAUUUAGUAGAUAGAUUUUUUGCAGAUAAUUAGACCUGUAUUAUUUUAGAAAAACAGUUAAUUAAGGGGUCUUUGAGAGGGAAACUCUACUCCUGUGUAAGAGUCUACAGUAUUUUCUGGUUUAUACUUCGGUUCAGGAAAGGCAUCUAAACCUAAUCUAGCGUUGUUUCCCAGCAGCACUAUUUACUAUGAGGACUUUCCCUUCAUGCCCACUCCUAAUCAACCCUUUCAAGUUGUUGUUUUCCUUUUCCGUGAUAGCUUAUUAAACGUAUGUGGUGAACAAGCCAAAUGCUUUUAAUUGGAGUUCUACACAGUUAGCGAACCUAGUUAGGGAACCCUACAGCUGGGAGAGGAAUUCAACUCUCUCUGAUUAGAGAGUGAGCAUUGGGGGGAGGGUUGGGGAUUCUAGGGGUGUGUUGUGGUUCCUACACAUCCGUUUUGGAAGGAGUGAGAUACUAGCUUACUGUGACCAGACAGAAGUUUUGCUAGUUAAACCAAAGGUGAAACAAAUAAAUGUAUCAGUCUGGUCCCAGGCUAAUGAGUUACAGUUACUCCACAAAAUGGAAACCACUAUGUAAAUCCUUAUCAUUGAUGAGUUUUGGUUUUGUUGUUUUGUCUUCCCCCAUACAGAGAAGGAGGGGACGGAGGAGUGGAGUGCCUGGUCUCCAUGCUCAGUCACCUGUGGUCAUGGAGAGAGGAAGAGGACCCGGUCCUGUGGCUACAGCUGCACCCUGACAGAGGCCUCCAAAUGUGACAUGGAGCCUUGUCCAGGUGAGCUUCACACACAACUUUUAUUCUAGAUUCUGGUCACUAACUCCUAGUCCUGAGCCACAGGAUGUACAGGCGUUUGCUCCAGCCCAGCACUUACACACCCAAUUCAGCUAAUCAAAUGUAAUUGAUCGACUAGUUGAUUAGCUGAAUCAUCUGUGAAUGUGAGCUAGAGAUGUUAUCUAACUAAAUGGUACCGUUCCUGUCUCUGCAGAUGAUGUCAACACAGUGGCUGAACCUUUCCCCUUCGAGAUGGAGAAUGGCACUGAACCGUUUGGCACAGGUAUGUCGAAUCAAUGUACACUUAGCAAAUGGAUUAGCUAGGUUAAGCAAAAAGGUUUAUCAAACUAGCAGACAUGGGUAGUUAGAAUGUACCUGCUGAUCUAAUUACAUCUGACAUGGUCUCUCUCUCCUCUCCCUCUAGAUGUGGACACAUGUGAGAAGUGGCUGAACUGUAAGAGCGACUUCCUCCAAAGGUACCUCAACCAGGUCCUGUCAGAACUACCCAGCUGCCCCUGCGCCUACCCCUCGGCCGUCGCCUACACCGUGGUCAGCGUUUUCGACGAGGGACACGACCAGACCUUCCGUUGGCAUGACGCCAGUGGCCCUAAAGAACGCCUGGACAUCUACAAACCCUCUGCGAGGACUUGCAUCCGCUCGGCCCUCUCUGGCGAUGUCGCUACGCUCGGCGCCCAGCACUGUUGCUACGACGAUCGUGGCUGUCUGAUCACGCGGGGAAAGGGUGCAGGAACACCCAACCUGAUCAGCACGGAUUUCUCCCCGGAGCUCCACUUCAAGGUGGACGUGCUGCCCUGGAUCCUGUGUAAAGGGGACUGGAGCCGCUUCCAUGUGGUGCGGCCGCCCAACAACGGCCUGGUCUGCCCUGAGAACCCCCACCAGGACGUGUUCAUGAACGAGCUGGAGGAGGCCCGGGAGUACUGA